AUGGGCAAAAAUGGCUUUCAAGAUGGGAGAUUCAACGAAAUUAUGGAACUCGCUCUAUUGCACGGCAUAUAUACUGGCAUCGUUUCCGUCACAUUGUGGAAUAUAUGCAACUCCCACACAGAUAUCAGCGAAUCUCGGUCCAUCGGACGCUUCAUGUUACCUAUUAUCAUAUUCCUCUACACCAUCACGACGAUCAAUUUCUCCUUCAAUUGGACACUUGGUCGGUUGAUACUCUUUCGGUCAACACUUUCCGCAGAAACGUUUCAUUCUCAAUGGGGUCCAGUUGGGAUACUCACUACAGGCGUUGGUACCACAGCCGUCAUGAGCACUAUCGUCGCAGAUGGUACCAUGAUUUGGCGCUGCUGGAUGGUUUGGGGACGACGUUGGCUCGUGAUUCUGCUUCCAAUCCUUUGUCUUGCGUCUGGAUUUAGUUUCAAAAUCAUUGAAAUUACUGCAGUAGAAAACCUUGGGUUCAGACGUGUGGUCCCUCUGAUAAUUUACAUAUCCUGCAUCAUUGCCACGACUCUAUGGUGCACCAUUCUCAUUGUUUUUCGCAUCCUAAUCGUUAUACGGGCAUUAUAUGGAGCGGAUGGUGGUCUUGGAGAGUAUCACCAUGUUAUCGAAAUCCUCAUUGAGUCCUCGGCUCUUCAUUCUGUGACUUUGAUCAUAUAUGUUGCCCUGGAGGGGAGUAAUAACUGGGCGAGCGAUUACUUUAACACCCUAGCAGCAAUCACAACGGGAAUUGCUCCGACUCUCCUCGUUGGACGUGUAGCCGCAGGUCAAGCUCGUCCGGAUGACUCCUGGCAGGGUAGUAUCAUAUCAUCACUUCGCUUCGAAGCGCACCCGCAGGCCGGUUCUCAGACAAGUUCCCAGGAGAGUUCCAUGACAGGCGAUACUCUCGAGAGUGACCUAGAACCUCAGCCAGAACGAGUGGACGAAUCUGAGGAGAUCAGCACUGAAAAGAGGAUUCAGUGA